AUGUCGACGACAUUUUCUCCUCCCAAUAUGUAUACAUCCAUGUCUCCGUCUGGCUCGACGACUGUCUAUCAACCACCCCUACCACAAGAACAACCGUCACUAUCACAAGCACAACCGUCACUAUCACAAGAACAACAGCCAUACGUAUUUUACACGUUUCCGAAACCAUAUUCGGGCACUGACGCCAUAUACGUCGAGGCAAAUUCUUUUCACGGAUACGUGCCUGCAACCGUACCAAAUAAUGUAAAUGGAAUGCAUUGCAAAAAUAAGGCCAUUUUGAAACGACCCAAAACUUCUCAGCAAAUAUGCAAAGAAUGUUUCUAUCAUGUGUUUGAGACUGAAAUUCAUCAUACCAUUAUAGACAAUAAAUUGUUUAAGCCUGGGGAUAGAAUCGCUAUUGCUGCGUCGGGCGGAAAAGAUUCGACCGUGUUAGCAUACGUAAUAAAGCUAUUGAAUAAUAGAUACAACUAUGGAUUGAAUCUGUUUCUGUUGUCUGUUGACGAGGGGAUAACUGGUUAUCGAGACGAUUCGUUAGAGACGGUCAAGCGGAAUCAGCAACAAUACGAUCUUCCGCUCGAAAUAGUGUCAUACCGUCAAUUGUAUGGAUGGUCCAUGGAUGAGAUUGUUAAAGAAGUUGGGCUAAAGAACAAUUGUACAUUUUGCGGGGUCUUUCGCCGUCAAGCACUUGACCGUGGAGCAAUGUUGCUUAACGUCGAUCACAUAAUUACUGGACACAAUGCAGACGAUAUCGCCGAAACGGUUCUCAUGAACAUCCUUCGCGGAGAUAUCGCGCGUCUUCAGAGGUGUACCGAGAUAGUGACAACCGGCGAUGAACGUAUAAAGAGAUCGAAACCGUUCAAGUAUACAUACGAGAAGGAAAUUGUCAUGUAUGCAUAUUUUAAAAAGUUGGACUACUUUUCGACGGAAUGUGUGUACUCGCCAAACGCCUACAGAGGAUAUGCACGAACGUUUCUAAAGGAUUUAGAAUCGAUAAGGCCGAGUACUAUAAUAGACAUUAUACAUUCUGGUGAAGCUUUUCAAAUCAAACAAGAUGUCAAACUCCCAGUUCAAGGCACGUGUAAACGUUGCGGAUACAUGUCAUCGAACGAACUAUGCAAGGCGUGCGUCUUGUUAGAGGGACUCAAUCGGGGACUUCCAAAGCUUGGUAUCGGGAAGACGAAUCGGAUGCGUAAACUUCACGGGGAUAUGCCUGAUAACACGAGUACAAUACAACAUCUAGACGCUCUAAAAAAUGAAGUUAACAACAAUAAUAAAUUAAAUGACUCUUUACAACCCCUGUAA